AUGUCUUCUAAGCGUUGUCUUCGUGACGAAGACAUAGCUGCUACUCUUUUUGAUGACGCAGAUAGUGAGGAUGGCUUGGAUUUCGAUAACGACAGCCUCGCAGACCCUGACUUUGUCCCAGAGUUGAAUAAUUUUGAAGAUGACGUGCCAGAGGUGGAUAUUGAUGUUGAUUCCAUAAUACAAACCCUCGAAGACGAUCAUGAAAGCCCAGGCUGUAGCACAGAAUAUGCUCCAUCACGAGAAAUGAGUGAUCAAGCUCCUCCCGCCAAGAAACCUGCUAAGGAGAAGAUACCUAAACUGAAUUUGAGAUGGAAAAAAAAGAAUCUUGAAUUGAGUGAAUUGCAGCUUAUGUUCACAGGAAACAAGACCCUAGGUUCUGAUCUGCUUGAGUUGGACACUCCUAUACAAUACUUUUUCCACUUAUUUUCACCGGAACUUAUCAAGAUGAUUUCUGAAGAAACUAAUUUGUACCAAGUCCAGAAAGAUCCCAAUAGCACUUUUCGGGUGUCAGAGGCGGAUGUCAGGCAAUUCAUUGGUGUGGUAUAUAUAAUGUCACUUGUACAAUUACCUAGAGUUACGAACCACUGGAGCCCUAUACUCGGAACACCUCUAAUACAAGAGACCAUUAGCUUGAACAAAUUUGAAAAAAUUCGUCAGUCGCUGCAUUUCAAUGACAACAGUAAGAACCUCCCUAGGGAACAUCCUGAUCAUGACCGCAUAUACAAAAUACGUCCAUUAGUUGAUUCUUUGAAUGAGGCUUACAGUAACAUCCCAAUUGAAGAACACCUCUGUGUGGACGAGCAAAUGUGCUCAACUAAAUCACGGAACACAUUGAAGAGAUACAACCCCAACAAACCCCACAAAUGGGGCUAUAAAGUCUAUGUUUUGAGUGGUGUUACAGGUUUUGCCUAUAAGACUGAAAUUGAAACUGGCAAAGAAAAUGUCGUCUUGGAUGGAGAGCCAGAUUUAGGUGCCUCAUCUAACGUAGUCAUGCGAUUAGCUCGUAUGAUUCCAAGACACCAGAACUUUAGACUUUAUUUUGAUAAUUAUUUUACAUCACUCCGUUUGUUGGAAUACCUGGCCAAAGAAGGCAUUCUCAGUUUGGGUACUAUCAGAAGAAAUCGGAUCCCGGAUUGUAAGCUGUCAACUGAAAAGUUGAUGAUGAAAAAGAACGAGGCUAUUCGGAAGAAUAUGUGGCCGAUGUCAACGGGAUCGACGUCUCAACUGUUGCAUGGAAGGACAAUAAAAUUGUCAGCCUGGCGUCCACCUUUGCAGGACAGAAGCCCGAAAGUGAUGUUCGUAGAUGGGACAAACAAAAAUUGA